CACGAGAUAAUCAACGUGAGCUUAACGGACAGACCAGGGUGGCUUUUUGACCUAAACCCGCUUGGUAAAGUGCCCUGCAUAGAGUUUGGUGCCGACAACAAGGUGUUAUACGAAUCGCUAAUAGUGUGCCAAUACCUGGAUGAGGCGUACCCCGAUGUCCGACCCCUUCAGCCCCGGGACCCCUACCAGAGGGCCACCGAUCGACAGAUUAUCGCCGCCCUGUGCGUUGAUAUAAGCGCUUUGAGGCACAAGUAUUUGCCUUUCGAUGAUUUGGCCGCCGUUUGGCCGGAGAUCGCCCAUAGGUUUAAGAAAGUGGACACUUUGUUGGCUAAUAAAAGGGCCGACAACCGGUACCUGUCAGGUGAAGCAUUGCCCGGUCUGCUAGACUACGCCGUGUGGCCAUUCAUUGAGCGCAUACCAACUAUGGUAGAUCUCGCGGGCCAUAACUCAGCCCACUAUUUGGUUAAAGAGUUGCCAACAGUUCACGACUACAGUCAACAAAUGUUGGCCGACCCGACCGUUCAGAAA